AUGCCCGCAAAAGCAAACCCAAAGAAGCAGGCAGAAAAACAAAAGAAGCGUGAAGAAGAAAAAUUCAAACAGAAAGUCAUUGAAGACAAAACCUUUGGCUUAAAAAACAAAAACAAAUCGGCAUCAGUCCAAAAAUACAUCAAAGGUGUCAAAACCCAAGUCACUGGUGUUAACAAAGGAGGAGAAAGCGCUAAACUUGCCCAAGAACACGCAGCCAAGGAAGAAAAGAAAAAGGCAAAAGUCGAAAGUGCGUUGCUAGCUUCACUCUUCAAAAGUGUGGUCGAGAUCCCCAAAGUUGACGAUGCAAAUGCAAAGACUGUAAUUUGUCCUUACUUUAAGCAAGGAUUUUGCAAAAAAGGCGACAAAUGCAAAUUUUCGCACGAUUUAUCAGGCGAGCCAAUUCAGCUCGAAAAGCCUGAUUUAUACACAGACACAAGGACGUGCCAUAAUGAUAUCACUUGCCAAUUUUUCUUAGAAGCAGUCGAGUCUAAUAAGUUCGGAUGGUUUUGGAAAUGCCCUAACGGAGAUACUUGCAUUUAUAAGCACGCUCUACCUGAAGGAUAUGUAAUUAAAUCAGAAGAAGAAAAAGCUUUAGAAAUGGCUCCUGAAGAAGAUGAGCUCCCUAUUGAGUACAAAAUUGAAGAAGAAAGAACUGCUUUACCACCAGGCGGAGUCCCUGUCACUUUGGAAAUUUUUAUGAAAUGGAUUUCUGAGCAAAAAGAAAUGAGGGAACAGGCCAAAGCUGAAGAAAACAGAAAGCUUGGCAGAAUAAGCGGAAAGGCUAUGUUUAUGAUGGACCAGUCCUUGUUUAAAGAUGACGAAGGAGCUUUUGAAGAGUAUGUCAGAGAUCAAGGCAUUGAGCAAGAAGGGAUAGAAGUGGACACUGGAAAUAAAAUUAUUGAUGAAGGAGGAAAUGAGCAAGAAGAAAAUAAGGAAGAAGAAAUCGUAAAAGAAGAAGGUGAAAAAGAAGAGGGUGAAAAAGAUGCGGGAAUAAUUGAAGAUAGAGAGCCAAAACAAGAACAAAUCAUUGAAGAAGUAAAAGAAGAAGAGCCUCCACAGCCAAAUGAACGAGUCCAAGAAGGAGAAAAUAUAAAUCCUGAAGCUAGCCAAGAAAAUGCAGAACUUAAUUAA